UAGUUCUGUUUUCGACGUUCGCCGGCUAGCUGGUUUGACCUGAGGUGUCCUCCAAGAGUCGUGAUUUGACAGGCAGUCAGGAAUAAAACAUUAAAAUAUGGUUUUCGAGGAGAAGAGAAUCAUGAAUGGAGAGCCCGAAGAUGAGGAGGAGGAAGAGGAGGAGAUGGUGGACCCUCUUGAAACUUUGCGCCAGAAGUGUGAGGAGACGGAGCACUGUGUCCACACUAGAGAGCGUUUGGAGAUAUGUGAGACCAGAGUUGGCUCUCGGUCUCAGACAGCGGAGGAUUGCACCGAGGAAUUGUUUGACUUCCUCCAUGCUCGGGACCAUUGUGUGUCUGACAAACUGUUCCAUUCUGUCAAAUGAAGUCCGUUCUGCCUGGACCACUCACUGAAGACAUUCUUCAAAAAUCAUAUUACCAAGAGGACGUACCAUGUGUGUAUCUGCCGCAUGUUGUAACUUUAAAAUGUAUGUUAUCUGAACAUGUGAAAAUGUAUAACAGUGUGUUGUGAUUCAAUAUAUCAAUAAAGUGGCUUAGAAACACAAA